GCAGAGUUGAGGACAGCAACACUCUUUGACUGGUGACAACACACGGCGUUGAUGUGUUGCCUUUGGAGGACCCCUGAUAGGACGCAAGUUCCCCACCCCAGAUUUUGAGAUACAGUAGAUUGGCUCAUAAGUGGUGACCUGAAUGACACAUCAGCAUAAAGCUAGUUUCUCUCUUCAGUCACUGUUGAGGAUGAAGGAGUUCCAUCUUUUGUGUCUGCUCAUCUUUGGUGGUCGAAGCUCAUUGGCGUGCCCCCAACAUUGCACCUGUCAAGGCAGUCAGGUGGACUGCAGCGCCAGGUCUCUUGUCUCUGCGCAGCUUCCCAGCGUCUUCCCCGCUUACACUGCCGAGCUGCGCCUCCAUAACAACCGGCUGACCACCCUCCCCAACGGUCUCCUGGACCAUCUCCCCGCCCUGCGCCAGGUCUCCCUGCACAGCAAUCCGUGGGCAUGCGACUGCGGGGUCCUCUACCUGCGGGCCUGGCUGAGGCGUCAACCUGCUGGAAGUCAACCCCAUGUCAACUGCAGCUCCCCUCCGCGCCUCAGAGGGAGGCUGGUGGAGUAUUUGACAGAGGAAGAGGUGCUGGACUCUUGCCACUACUGGUACUGUGACCUAGCUAUGAUUUCACAGGCGUUUCUCUUUGUCUUCGUCCUGGUGCAAGUGGCGCUGCUGGCCGCUGUGAUCGUGUUCCUAAAGAAGUUCGAGAGGCUCUCCAAGGAAGCCAAGAGGACCGAAGAGGAGAGCCUCACAGCCGGGGAGGCUAAUAGAAAAUCAGUGCAUUUGCCUUUAAAUGAGUGGAGUAGCUAAAACUGCUGUGGUCAAUAAAAAAAUGGUAAAAAAAAAAAAAAAAAGUCUUUCUACAUGCUAACAUAGGCGGAGUUUGACUUUUAGGGCAGGGGGGGCACAUGUUGAUGACCGUGAAACGCAGUGUCAGCAAUAAAAUUACAGUAACUUACAAGAAUAUUUAUAAUAAUUUGAAAAUGAGCUUUUUUUUUUUUUUUGUUUCCCAUCAUUCUUGAGGGGAAUUCUAAAUCAGGCUGCUGGCAGGACAGCUAUCCUUUUCGCCAUGAUCAUCAUCCAUUGAAUACGGUACGCCCGCCGGUGUCGUGCCAAUGUAGUUACCGCAGUCAAAAAUUGUAUCCCCUGGGUGGAGCCAUAUGGAGGUAGAUUUGUGUCUUCAUUAUUCGAUCCAAAAAAAGUUGCUUCAAUCAAAAUAUAUUUUUUCAAUGUAAAAAAAAAAGUAACUUCAAUCAACAAAAAAUUGUUUGAAUGCAAAAAUAAAUUAAAAAAAAAAAAAAAGUUUUUGAAAGCUAUUUUUAUUUGAUUUUUUUGUUUUUUUUUUAUUGAAGCAACUUUUUUGAUUGAAGUAAUGUUCUUUUGUGUUUGGGCCACAUUUUGGCUAGGACUUUUGUGUAUUUAUUAUUCAAUCAAAAAAUAUGUUGCUUACUUGCUUCACACAAAAAAUAUAUAUUUUCAAAAGAAAAAUCACUUCAAUCAACAAAAGAAAAAUUUCAAUCAUAGAAAAAAGUUUUUGAAUGUGAAAAAAUAUUAGAGACUCAAAAAUUUGCAUUUGAACACUUCAUUUUUCAUUAAAAAAGUUCUUUGAUUUUCGCAAUCCUUUUUGUGUUUGGGCCAUAUUAUGGAUAAUCCCCAAAAUAAUAUUUUCAAUCAAAGAAAAAAAUCAUUUGAAAAAUAAAA